AUGGCAGAUUUCCUAGCUGGUCUUAACAUGGAGAUUGCACAUGUUAUUGAGUUGCAUUCUUACACUAAUUUGACUGAGUUGGUGCACAUAACUAUUAAAGUAGAAAAACAAUUGAAGAUGAAGAGAGCUUUGAAGUGUGGUAGUGGUGUCCAUUCAGCUCCAAAGGCCCCUUGGAAACCAAAUGUAGAUAAUACUUCUAAGGGUGAGAAAGAAUUUCCUAAGUUUAGGAAAGAAGAGUGGAAGGGGAAAGAUAAGGUAGAAAGUAAAGAUACGGAGAAGGGGGUUACUGCCACUACUAGGACUAAAGAUGUGAAGUGUUACAAGUGUUUGGGAUACGGGCAUUAUGCUUCCCAAUGUUCUAACAAAAGAGUCAUGGAGAUUAGGGAAGAUGGGGAGAUAGAGAGUGAGGAAGUAAAUGAGGCCAAACCUUUGAUUGAUGAGUUGCAAAGGGAAAACAUCUUUCAUGCUAGGCGUGUGGUGAAGCAGAAAUUGUGUAGCAUGAUUAUAGAUGGGGGUAGUUGUUGCAAUGUAGCUAGUUCCUUACUUGUGGAGAAAUUAGGAUUGACUACCCUUAAGCAUCCUAAACCUUAUGGGUUACAAUGGCUAAAUGAUUGCAACAAAGUGAAGUUAACAAAGCAAGUAAUGGUUCCUUUCAUUAUAAGGAGCUACCAUGAUGAGGAAUACCAGGAUGUGUUUUCGAAUGAGAUACCUUCGAGUUUGCCACCUAUUAGGGGUAUUGAACGCCAGAUAGAUUUCAGUCCUGGUGCUCAAAUUUCUAAUAGACAAGCCUAUAAGAGUAGCCUAGCUGAGACUAAAGAGCUUCAAAGACAAGUAGAUGAGCUUUUGGCUAAGGGACAUGUCCAUGAGAGCAUGAGUCCUAUGUGUAAGAUUGAUUUGACGAGUGGUUACCAUCAAAUUAGAAUGAGAGUUGAUGAUAAAUGGAAAACUGUCUUCAACACAAAACAUGGCUUAUAUGAGUGGCUAGUGAUUCCUUUUGGUCUCACUAAUGCCCUUAGUACUUUCAUGAGGCUUAUGAAUCAUGUUUUUAGAGCUUUUAUUAGACAGUUUGUUGUUGUUUACUUUGAUCAUAUUCUUGUUUAUUGCAAAAACAUUGAUGAUCAUUUGCAUCAUUUGAAACUUGUGUUUGAUGUGUUGAGAAAAGAAAAAUUGUAUGCAAAUGUAAAAAAGUGUUCCUUUUGCUUAGAAAGAAUUAUGUUUUUGGGAUUUGUUGUGAGUAGCAAAGGUGUUGAAUUAGAUAAUGAAAAGGUUAAGGCAAUUAGAGAUUGGCCAACACCUAAGAAUGCAUCUAAAUUUAGGAGCUUUCAUGGAUUAGCAAGUUUUUAUAGGAGAUUUGUACCUAACUUUAGUUCAAUGGCUGCUCCAUUAAAUGAACUUGUCAAAAAGAAUAUGACAUUUGUUUGGGGUAAAGAACAUGAACAAGCAUUUGCUAUGCUUGAAGAGAAAUUGUGUUUUGCACCUUUAUUGAUUUUGCCUAAUUUUGAUAAGACAUUUGAGAGUGAAUGUGAUGCAUCAGGUGUAGGGAUGGGAUCUGUUCUCAUGCAAGAGAAACACCUAAUUACUUACUUUAGUGAAAAGUUGCAUGGUACCGCAUUGAAUUAUUCUACAUAUGACAAAGAAUUGUACGCAUUAGUUAGGGCAUUAGAGACAUGGCAACAUUAUCUGUGGCCUAAGGAAUUUGUCAUACAUUGUGAUCUUGAGUCUUUGAAGUAUAUCAAAAGCCAACAUAAGUUUAGUAGGAGACAUACUAAAUGGGUAGAAUUUAUAGAGUCUUUUCCUUAUGUUGUGAAAUAUAAGCAGGGCAAAGAGAAUGUGGUAGUUGAUGCACUCUCCCGCAGGUCACAAAAGGGUCAUGAUUCUAUUUUUGCUGUUGUGGAUAGGUUUUCAAAAAUGGCUCAUUUUAUCCCAUGCCACAGAACUGAUGAUGCUACAUAUAUUGCUAAUCCAUUCUUUAGGGAGGUUAUUAGGUUACACGAUUUGUUACCAUUACCUAUUGAUCAUAUUGCUUCAUUGGAUGGUGAGAAAAAGACUGAAAUGGUUAAAAAGAUGCAUGAAAAAUUUAGGUUGCAUCUAGAAAAGAAAAAUGAGCAAUAUGCAUCUCAUGCUAAUAAGGGGCGAAAGCCUAUGAUUUUUGAACCAAGUGACUUGAUAGAAUUGCCUAGUGAUUUUGGUGUUAGUAAUACUUUUAAUGUAAAUGAUCUUACUCCUUUCCAUGGUAUAGAAAUAAAUUCGAGGAUGAAUUCUUCUCAAGUGGGAGAGGAUGAUGAGGAUCAUCAUGUAACACCACCACCCUUCAAAGGGGCAAUCACUAGGGUGAGAGCUAAGCAACUUCAAAGCAUGCUCAUGGACCAUAAAAGGGUUUUCAGCUUAGGAGGGGAGCUGCAUAAGGAAGGCCUAGUUUGCUUGCUCUAA